AUGGGCCCUCCCCAUCUCCGCUGGAAGCGAUCGCUUUGUGCUCUCAGCGUGCUGUGCGCCGUGCUUGGGAGCAGCUCUCGUCUUCUGUGCUUCGCAGGUUCUCGCCCACAGAAGUCUGAAAGGCUGCAGGAUCUGCAGGUCCAUGCCAGCUCAGAAGAUGUUUGGAAGGCGGCAUACGACGCAGAGAUGGAGCGCAACGAGCUCCUGCGAGAGCAGCUGCGUAGCCUUGACAUAGGCGAGUCCUCGGACUUGCCAGAAGCAUGUGAAGUUGACUGGCAAGACAGCUAUGAGAAAUUGGCUGCAUGCAACCAAGAGCUGGAAGAGACCUUACGCAGUGGCGGUGGCCUUCAGGCCGGAGGACGUAGUGCUCAAGUACAGCAGCAGACUGCUGCGAUGAAGCCCCUGGUCUUCGAGGUACCGCUUCCGGAGCAGGGAAAUGAGAGAUUAGAACUUGUCCGCUACUUCACCGAUGGUCGCGAAGUGGCUUUUUACAUGGUUCGAGCUUGCCUUCCACUUGGCCUGCAGCUGACAAAGUGCAACAGUGGACCACUGAAGGGAGCCUUCUUGGUGGAAGACGUGGUCGAGGGCGGUCAAGCUUGGGAAGGCGGCGUGGUCCUGGCAGGCGACAUCCUCCACGCUGUGACCGUGGUGAUGGACAGGGCGAACCUGGGCAUCAAGACUGAAGAUUUCGUCUCCAACGUCGUGGGAGGUCUGGGGCGGUGGAGGCAAACAAUCCUAGACACAUCCUUCAUCAAUACAGUCGAAGACCUCGUGGCACAGAUGCAAUCGAACAAGGCCAUGGGCACCGACACGGAGCUCGUAUUGGUCUUUGAACGGGACCUUUCCGAAUCGCCUCGGCCUCCUGAUGUACUGGAUCCGGUUGAAGCAGAGUGA